CGGGCUUGUGAGGUGCUCAGCAGAGAGUGUGUGACAGUGUCAUUUAUCUUCUUUUUUGUUUGUUUUUUAAAUCGGCCGCUCCGUUAAGAGUCUUGCUCUGUUACAGAUAGCGAAGUUUCGGAGUGUUUCCCUGCUGUAAAAGCAGCAUGUAAUGUGAGCUUUUCUUAUUUGAUCUUUUCCAAGCUUCUCAUUCCUUGCAUUACAUGGGCAAUGCGAUAGUCAGAUCUUGUCUUAUCUUUUUCACAAGCACGGUUAGCAGCUGCACCCUCCUCCUCUAUCCAGGUGACAGCAAUGUACAGUAGCAGCCACCAUUAGACAACAUCAUGAUUCAUGUGUUAAACUCUUCUACUUGUCCCUUGUGCGUUUCCUCAUUGUUGUGGUUGCAAACUGUUUUCUGCCUCCUUGUAGUGACGCAGUAUAAGUGCACUCUUUCUUUCUAAGACCAUCCAAUCAAGCCUUUUAUGUUGUGACAGAUGCAAUGCUUGGUUAUGUACAGCUCGUCCAUGUGUGGGAGCCACAGUGCACCUUUUUCCUUUUCACAGAUAAGUCUUAAUGACAAGUGUGCCACAAUUAAGCAGCAAGCUCUCAAUUUCGUAUAUUGUAAUCAUGCCUUUUCAUCCCUCAAAUCUGAGGUUGGUUUUAUCGACGUUAGACGACCCAGAAUGGCAGCAGCAAAAGCAAAGUUCUUGUUCAUGUGUUUACAAAGCCUACAGGGUACAUUUGGAGAGCUUUUAAUCUGCAUCAGACCCAUAGGCCACCAUUUAAAAACCCUUUUUUAGGUCAAAUGCUCUGUUUACUCAUCGAUUAAUUCCAAUGUGGGCCUUUUAUAGUUACAUUAUGAUUAGCUUAAGGUUACACUGAGGUUGCAUACUGAUUAAUGCCUUGUAGAAUUAUCUGCAACUCUGAUACACAAAAAAAGUCACUCCCAACAUAAGCUAUAAUAAAAAUGAAAAAGGAUGUUGUACAUAGUGAUGGGAUAUUCACUGACUGAUGUGUUGCUGGCACUUUGCCUGGUGGAGUCAGGUUUUGGUUUUCUCAUUCCAUUUUAAUAAGAACCGCCAUUUGGUACAAUCUACUUUGGUCGUUGUAGAUAAUUGUAGUUGUAAUAAAGACCACAAUUUGCUCCUGCAAUGCCUUGAAAAUAUGACUUCUGUUUGUAAAGCCAAAAAAGGUCCUUGAAUAGUACUCCUUUAAAAGUAACCGAUUUUAAGUAAGAGGUACGGAGGGUAAUCUGUUACAUACCCACUCUGAUAACAGGAAAUUCUCUGGAUCUUUUCUCCCCCUUGUAUGUGUUCAUCCUAUACAUGCUCUUGUGUAUUCAAUCUUGAGAUAAGACUUUCUAGACAUGAAAUUACCUAAAUACAUACAUACUGUACUCUAGUCAUUUACCAAAAUGAAAGGGAGUCAAGUAAUUCUGCCUUGUCAGUGUUUUGUUUGUAUGUUAUAAAUAAAAUGAAGUGGUUUGACUUUUCAUACGUUUUAUUGAUUUCGCGGUGGGUUCAUUGUUAAAAUAUUAUCAAAUGUCUCCCUCUUGUUCCAUGUGGAACUAAUGUCGAUGUAAUACUGUUUUGGGGGAGCGCUUUAACAUGUGGCACCAAUACAGGAAGCGGUGUGCAUAUUGCUACAACCCAAACCGAAUACAUGAGCCAUUAUUCCCUCAUUAAAAAUUAUGACUUGAACGUUUUAAAUCUUUAUCGGACAGCAUUGACCAACAGUAGUUUAGAGAGCAACAAUGAGGAUGAGGCUGAAGACCGUAUUUGUGCUCUACUUCAUGGUUUCUCUCCUGGGACUCAUCUAUGCACUCAUGCAACUCGGUCAACGUUGCGACUGCAGAGAGCACGACCUUCCCAAAGAGCGUGCCAUAUCUCGACUGCGAGGGGAGCUACACCGCCUCCAGGAGCAAAUUAAAUCAGAGGAGACCAAACAAUCCCAAAACCAGCCAGCCAAGGCCUCCAUUCCCAUAAUUUUUGUCAUCACACCCACAUACGCCAGGCUGGUGCAAAAGGCCGAGCUGACCCGCUUGUCCCACACGUUCCUACACAUUCCCCAGCUACACUGGGUUGUAGUAGAAGACUCCCAGCACAAGACAUCGCUCGUGCGUGACCUUUUGGCAAAAAGUGGCUUGACCUACACUCACCUUAAUAUAAUCACAACAAAAGAGAAUAAGCUGCAGGAGGGCGACCCCAGAUGGAAGAAGCCUCGUGGGGUGGCGCAGAGGAACGAGGCUCUGCGCUGGCUCAGAGAGGAUGCACACAGCCAGCAGGGGGUGGUUUAUUUCGCUGAUGAUGACAACACAUACAGCCUGCAGCUAUUUGACGAGAUGAGGAACACGCAGCGUGUGUCUGUGUGGCCUGUGGGACUGGUUGGAGGAAUGAAGUACGAGAAGCCUGUGGUGGAAGGAGGAAAGGUGGUGCACUUUCACACCGGCUGGAAUCCCAGUCGUCCCUUCCCUAUAGACAUGGCCGGGUUUGCCGUGUCCCUUAGACUGGUUUUGGCUAAUCCAGAUUCCAGGUUCGACAGCAUGGCACCCAUAGGCUUUCUGGAGAGCAGCUUCCUGCAGGGCCUCGUCACCAUCGACCAGCUUGAGCCCAAAGCAGACAAGUGUUCCCUCGUGCUGGUGUGGCACACACGGACAGAGAAGCCCAAGAUGAAGCAAGAGGAGAUCCUGCAGGCUCAGGGUCUGGGCUCAGACCCCGAUGUGGAGGUCUGAGGAGCACACUCAUGUACAUUUAAACUGGAUAUUUAUUGUAAGGUUUUUAUUUACUCUAAAAAAAAACAAGAGCAGGUUUAGGGUAACGCUAUCACGCACAAGCUUGGAUUUAAAGGGACAUAACUACUUCCAUUCAUCAUUGCAAUGGAUUUAAGAUUAAAACAUUCCUUUGUUUUUGCAUGACUCACGUCUACCUAAAAUACAACUUUUUUACUACUUAGGUUUACAAUACAAGCACUCAAGAUGUUACAGGAAGGUUAAUUUAUUAAUGUUAUUCAAGGCAAAUGUUUGAAGACACAAAAAAAGGUCCCUCUGUACAGUAUGUUAUGUUAUCGUGGCUGUGAUAUUUGUACCUGACAUUGUACAUUGUUUGUGACAAUAAAGUUUGCCAAACAAUA